CUUAAAUUUUAGGAGUUCUUCAAUCGCUUCCUUUUCUCUGCAACGAUCAGAAUAGCGGCAACAACGACAAUGGAGGGAACCAAAACCAAGAAGAAAUCAGCUCCUAUCACUCUGGAGCAAUUCGUUUCCAUCACGGCUCCACUCUUAGACAUCGAAAAGGAUGCAGAAAUAUCUGCGUCUAUCAGCUCUGGUGCAUCCAGGAACUUGGAGACCGCUCAGAAAAAGGGUUCUACUAUUCUCAACUUGAAGUGUAUUGAUGCUUCGAGUGGGCUCAUGGGGAAAACUCUUCUUGAGUUUCAAUCAAACAAGGGAGACGUUCUUCCUCCCCACAAGUUUAGCACACAUGAUGUGGUGGUUUUGAAACCAAACAAAGCUGAUUUAGGUUCUCCUUCUCUUGGUCAAGGAGUAGUUUAUCGGUUGAAGGACUCAUCGAUUACUGUUGCUUUUGAUGACAUCCCAGAAGAGGGUUUAUCCAGUCCUCUACGGUUGGAGAAAGUGGCAAAUGAGGUGACAUAUCGUAGGAUGAAGGAUGCCCUGAUACAAUUGAGCAAAGGGGUACAUAGAGGACCGGCUGCUGAUCUUAUUCCUGUAUUAUUUGGAGAGAGGCAACCAUCAAUGUCCAAAACUGAUGUUAAAUUCAAACCCAUCAAUUCCAAUCUUGAUCACUCUCAGAAAGAUGCCAUCUCAAAGGCCCUAUCAGCAAAAAAUGUAUUUCUGCUGCAUGGUCCCCCAGGAACCGGAAAAACCACAACAGUGGUGGAAAUUAUCUUACAAGAAGUAAAGCGUGGAUCAAAAAUUCUAGCAUGUGCUGCUUCAAAUAUUGCUGUCGACAACAUUGUUGAGAGACUUGUUCCUCACAGAGUGAAGUUGGUGAGACUGGGACAUCCUGCUCGUCUACUUCCUCAAGUCUUGGAGAGUGCUCUAGAUGCCCAGGUCUUGCGUGGGGACAAUAGUUCUCUUGCAAAUGACAUCCGGAAAGAGAUGAAGGCAUUGAAUGGGAAGCUUCUGAAAGCCAAGGACCGAAACACACGGAGAGACAUCCAGAAGGAGCUUAGAACAUUGUCGAAGGAAGAGCGGAAUAGGCAGCAGUUAGCAGUAACAGAUGUAAUAAAAAAUUCAGAUGUUGUUCUAACAACUUUGACAGGGGCAUUUUCUCGCAAACUGAAUAAUAUUUCAUUUGAUUUGGUAAUAAUUGAUGAAGCUGCUCAAGCUCUUGAAAUUGCAUGCUGGAUAGCUUUGUUGAAGGCAUCAAGAUGCAUUCUUGCCGGAGACCAUCUUCAGCUUCCUCCAACAAUCCAAAGUGUUGAAGCAGAGAAGAAGGGACUUGGAAGAACCCUAUUUGAACGCCUGGCUGACAUGUAUGGAAAUGAAGUAACCUCUAUGCUCACCGUCCAGUAUCGUAUGCAUGAACUGAUCAUGGAUUGGUCAUCAAAAGAGCUAUAUGAUAGUAAGAUCAAAGCUCAUUCAAGUGUUGCUGCACAUACGCUUUAUGACCUUGAGGAUGUGAAAAAGACAUCAUCAACUGAACCUACCAUUCUGCUCAUAGACACAGCAGGGUGUGAAAUGGAAGAAAGAAAGGAUGAGGAAGAAAGCACUUUAAAUGAAGGUGAAGCUGAGGUUGCCAUGGCUCAUGCAAAGAGACUAAUCCAAAGUGGCGUUCAACCUUGUGAAAUUGGAAUUAUAACUCCUUAUGCUGCACAGGUUGUGUUACUGAAAAUGUUAAGAAGCAAAGAAGACAGACUAAAAAACAUUGAAAUCUCCACAGUUGAUGGCUUCCAGGGAAGAGAGAAGGAAGCUAUCGUCAUCUCCAUGGUUCGAUCAAAUUCAAAGAAGGAGGUAGGAUUCUUGAGCGACCGUAGACGAAUGAAUGUAGCUGUGACUCGAGCUAGAAGGCAAUGUUGUCUGGUCUGCGACACCGAUACGGUAACUCACGAUGCAUUUUUGAAGCGAUUAAUCGAAUAUUUUGAAGAAAAUGGUGAGUAUCUUAGUGCCUCUGAGUAUCAGAAUGAGUAGUAGUAUAAGUUUACUUCACUCUUAUGCCUUCCAUUUAGGCUUGUGGUCUAGGGGGGGAACUGUUAUCUGGAAAGUAGAAUUUAUUGAAUUUUCAGGCUUCUCCAAACAUCAGUGGAAUUUCUUGAAUUUAUUGGAUUUUCGAUUACCCUUUAAACUAUUAUAGCAUAAUUAUUCCAUCGACUUCUAAUAAUAAAAUGAAGUUGGGGCUCA